CUUGAAUGUCAUGGCGUCUCCUUUCAAGCAGGUGAUACGGUCUUUGAUCGCAGUUUAAUCUGUGAAUUCUGAAUUAUUUCUGUUGCUGGAUUUCAUUUUUGCAGAGGAGGAAGUGCCAAAACAACAACACCAGGGAAAAGGAUUUUCACCCUUGUAUUUUGCACGAAGUUUUUGGUGGCCUAAUUUGGAUUUCUUGUGUACAUGCGAGAAUCUUGGAGGAAACGUGAACCUAAUUUGAAAGCAGGUUCCAGCAUUUUUCGGAACAUCGAAUAAUCUUUCCUGGAAUUCACAGGAAUUUUGAAGCAAAAUAUGUCAUAAUGCAAGUUUCAGUGAAUACAUUAUCCUUGUGUCUUGUUGUUGAUAUCAGCUGAUAAGAUUCGAUGAUUUCCUCCUGUUAAGCUGCUCAAAUCGUUGUUAAUUCGCUGCUGUUUUCUGGUUGGAAUAUUUAUCAAUCGGAUCAUCAUUGUUAUUUUUACUCUUUAAUGAGUUUAGAAAGUAUGGAAAGACUGUUGAAGUCUGAGUCACGAACUUGCAUAUAUUUUGUUUUGCUUGCCGGGUUUCUGUCAUUUUUGAGACCUUCAAAUGGCCAAAUGUCGUGUCUAGAUGGCAGUUCGAAUCCGAUCGUUUGCAUGCCCGGACCUGAGAACCUGGUGAUGGGUAGAGUUAUUCAUGCAACACCAAAUACAAGUACUUGUGGAAAUCCAGCUUCUGGGUACUGCAGACCAAGGCCAAAUCGAGUUUGUGACAUUUGCAAUAGCUCAAAUCCAAGCAAACAACAUGGCACCCAGAACAUGCAGGACAGUGACUAUCCAUCAGGGUAUUGGGGGGCUGUUUAUAAACCCACCUGGUGGCAAUCAAUAACUUGGUGGGAUGCACAGCAGAGAGGUCUUUUAAUUGGUAACACAGUGAAAGUAAAUCUAACACUGUCAAUGAACAAAAGCUUUGAUAUCACGGGUGAUAUAAAGGGUGAUAUAAAGAUCACUUUUUACUCAUCCAGACCAAAGGCAAUGAUAAUAGAAAGAAGUGCAGACUUUGGAAGGAGCUGGCAGCCUUACAGUUACUAUGCUGAUAAUUGUGAUACCAGAUUUGCAACCCCGAUUCUGAAAAAGACAUCAGCAACAAUUGUUGACAACUAUAGGGCAUAUUGUGAAGAAAAUCGUAACACAGUGGCAGAACAGGGUGUCAUCAUAUCCUUUAACCCAAUGGCAUCAUUCACAACUGCAAACUUUUGGGAGUCACCUGUUCAGACAUAUAUCAAAGCUACAGAUGUUCGUAUCAGGCUGGAAUACCCUUGGACUGAUGGUAACCAUGUCAUAAAUCAGGAGUCUUUUCUAAACCAGUAUUAUUAUGAUGUAACUGACCUCAAAGUGUAUGGCAGAUGCCAUUGCAAUGGGCAUGGAAGAAAUUGUCAUGGUGCGCUUAACCAGCUUACUUGCGAAUGCUUCCAUAACACGGAAGGGGUUGAUUGUGAAAGGUGCCAGCCACUUUAUAACAACAGAACAUGGCUUGCUGCUUCCGGGCCAAGCAGUCCCAACCCAUGUCAAAGAUGUGAAUGCAAUAGCCAUGCACAAAGUUGUGUGUUUAACUCCACUCUUGGAUUUGGUGUUUGCUCUGAUUGUAAAGACAACACAACCGGAUUCUUUUGUGAUCAAUGCAAAGAUCAAUUCUACCGAAACAUGAGCCUGCCACUUAGCCAUCCUCAAGUUUGCUUGUCUUGUGCCUGCUUCUCUUUUGGAAGUAUAAACAACGGCUCGUGCAAUCAGAUGGCAACAGGGAAUUUGACGAUUGGCCAGUGUUAUUGCAAAAGCAAUUUCACUGGAAGACAGUGUGAUCAGUGUGUGGAUGGUUUUUAUGGAGUAACCGUUCCACCCAUAGGGCAAUGCAAAGCUUGUGGAUGCUCAAGUAUUGGCUCAUUCAACGGAUCGUAUACAUGUCACCAAGUAACAGGACAGUGCAACUGCAAGCCGUCCAUAAAUGGCAUAACUUGUGACAUAUGCAGAGAUGGCUUUCAUACCUUCCCCAACACAACUGAUGGACAGUGUAAGAGAUGUGUUUGUGAUAUUGGUGGUGCCUACAGCAAUGUCUGUAACAAAACCUCUGGAUCAUGUUACUGCAGAAGUAAUAUCGAAGGAAUGUCUUGUGACUCGGCAGUCAACGGAUAUUUUGUACCUUCAUUUGAUUACUUGCUGGCUGAAGCUGAAAGUUCUUCUGGAGAGUAUAGCAUAAUUUCGGAUGUAUCUGGUCACGGCACCAAUUUCACUGGUUUUGGAUUCGCAAGAAUACGCACUACUGGAAGGCUGACGGUCUAUUUUCAAACGCAGUUCACAUCCAGAUUUUUCCUGGUCAUGCGAUAUAAAGAUGUCCAGCCCAAUUCAGUUCAACUGCGAGCCGACGUCCACUACAACAACCACAAUUCGAGCCUUCCUGUGACCUCGUUUAACAUAACCCUACCUGCCUCGAAUUCAUCAAUACCUACGUCACAAAUUCACCCAGAUGCUUUUACUUUAUUAUCAAAUAGCAAUUACUCAAUCACGUUUUCCCUUGUAAAUCCACCGAACACUAACCAGUCGAUUGACAUAGAUUCAGUAGUGUUGAUGUGGGAUUUUAAUGAGACUCGUUUCUACCAAAAUGCCAAUGGAACUAUGAGAAAUGCAUCGAAAAUAUGCUGGGAAUCAAAGCAACGAAUUGGUGUCCAAUCACAAGAGACAGUAGAAUGCCAAAGGAUCGCAUUUUCUGUCAAUACUGAAGUCUUCAACGGAUCUUUAGCUUGUGACUGCAAUCCUAUCGGUUCGUUGAACAGUACGUUUUGUGCAAAGAACGGAGGACAGUGCCAGUGUAAACCGGGUGUGAUGGGAAGGAAGUGUGACCAGUGUCAGGCUGGCUAUUUCAAUUUCACCAACAAUGGAUGUUCAGCCUGUAACUGCACAGAGCUUGGGUCAUCGAGCUUAGUGUGUGACGUCAUAACAGGCCGAUGCCCCUGCAAGCCAGGUGUCGUCAAUCGAACAUGCAAUGCAUGCAGACCGAGUUUCUUUGGUUACCAAACGGGAAUCGGCUGCCGAAACUGCUCGUGUAACUGGGAUGGUUCUGAAUAUAUGUUUUGUAGAGAAGAUGGUAGUUGUUUCUGCAAGAACACGACAACAGGUGCAAAAUGUGACAUGUGCAAACCAUUGUUUUUCAAUUUCACUGCUACAGGGUGCUCACCAUGCAACUGUGACACUUCUGGAUCAACAAACUUGCAGUGUGACUUACAAUUAGGAAACUGCUCGUGCAAAUCAAACACUGAAGGUACAAAAUGCGACCGAUGCACAGCAAAUACAUACAACUUGCAAGCAAAUAACUCAUUCGGAUGUCAGAAUUGUUUUUGCUUCAACAAGACUGGCCAGUGUUCGUCUGCCAGCGGAAUAUACAAGUUCGAUGUCCAGUCGCAAUUUGUGAAUACCUCUGAUGGAUGGAAUGUCACAAAUACAUCAGGUGCAGGGGUUGCAUACUCAAACACAGCUAGUGGGUUGUCAGUAGACCUAAUUGAUGGUCGUUUACUUGUGUUACAAGCACCUAGCAAAUACUUAGGAAAUAAGCUGUCGAGUUAUGCCCAGACCCUGACAGUAGGGUAUACAUUGAUACCCAGAACGGGAGUUAUAAAUUCUUCUGUCAUUUUGAGCAUCACAUUUACACAUUCGGACAACAGUGCUGUUUCUUUGGGUCUAAAUGCAAACUCUUCGCUGCAACAGCAAACGUCCACUGUACGCCUUCAAGAGCAUAACGCUUUGACGCGGAUUUCAACCUGGAGUUUCCAGCAUAUAUUGACGUCUGUGAAGCAACUCAGCAUCCACAUCAAUGCAACUGGUAUUUCCACAUUUGCUAUCCACAUAUUCGAAUUGGCUUCGACAUCAAAUCAAGCGAUGUCGCUACAACGAUCAACGUUUGCUGAAAAUUGUUCAUGCCCGGUCAACUUUACUGGAACGUCAUGCCAACAAUGUGCUCCAGGUUACACAAGAGAGUUCCCGAAUAACGGCUCCUACACAAACUGCAAACUUUGUGCGUGUAAUUCCCGCUCAGUUUCUUGUGACCCGCAGAAUGGGAUCUGCAGAAACUGUCGCAUUGGAACGGAAGGAAACUACUGCGAAAGAUGUCAGUCUGGCGUUCAAGAGCCGGACUGCACGCGGUGCAUUCCGGGAUUUUAUGGGCUAAACGACACAUCUUUUCCUGGAUGUCGACCCUGCAAUUGCAUGUUGCUGAAUACAAUUGGACAAAACAGUUCUGUCUGUGAUGAAAUAACAGGGCGAUGCAAUUGUAGACCAAAUAUUGGAGGGAGAACGUGCAAUCGCUGUGCAGAGAAUGCCGCUAACAUUACCAAUCCAAUGCGAGGAUGUCAAACCUGCUCCGAAUGCUAUCGUCUGAUCCAAGUUGAAGUUCAUGCUCUGCGCAGGGACAUCGCGAACAUAACAAAUGAAUUGGCCUCUGUCCAGGGUAUCGCACAGCUCAGUCUUUCUCCCUCGUUCGGAGUGAGACUCGCACGUCUUACGCAGAAUGUCUCGCGGUUAACUGCCAAUGCACAGAAUUCAUCAUCAGUUGAAAGUGGGCUAGCAAGCGAACUCACUGCAUUGAACUAUUCACUGGAUGCGAUGCAACGGUUGCUUGAAGUGAAUGUUUCUAGAAGUCUUAAUGAAACAAAUGCUGAUGUACGGGUUAUUAACCAAACACGUGGUCUGAUAGCAGGAUUGAGGAAUUCUAUAUACGCUCUUCUCUGGGGGAGUAAGUAUGUUCUGCAAGUGCAUGUUACCCCACAAGUAAACACCACAGAGGCUUUGAAGAUAAAUAUCAGUUCAGCAGCUGCUGGAAUGUCGUCCUUAUGGACAAAUUAUCAAGGUCAGUAUAACGAGACAUCACGGUUGAAUAGGGAGGUCCUUUCGCUGGCAGCUAACGCGACAUCCACGACAAGCAAUAUCACUUUGUUACGGCAGCAGACAGAGAAUGCAUUGAACACGUCAAGAAGGCAUCUUCAACAGCAACGGAGCACGCUUCAAGGUCUUAACUUGACUGUCGAUGUAUUGCUAAGUAGCAUGGUUGCCCUUCGGAGUAAUAUUUCUCAGAUAUCAAAUCUUGCAAACCGGGUCCUUGCGGAUGCUGAUGCUCUUAAUGUGACUGAGGACCAAAGCUUUACCCAGUUACAAUUAAGAUACCGAAACCUGCGAAAUAACAUCACAGCCUUGAAUUCCAGUCUAUCAGCCUUGAAUAACGACUCGGAAAUCCUCAGGCAGAGCUUAACAGCAAUGAACACAACUGCAGCCUCCCUCCUGGACAUGUUAAAUAUUGCUGAGCGCAAUGCAACACUGUUAGCUACGCAGGCAAGAACUGCACAGGAAACCUCCUCGUCUGCGGCCGCCUCUGCCAGAAAUCUCCUUGCAGAAGCUGAGAGUAUGUUGCGAAUUAUGCAGAACUUUAACGAGACUUCUAGUGCUGCAGAAAACAUGGCAGCAUUGUCUUUGAGGCACACUAAUGAGGUGAACCAAUCCAGCUUGCAGGCAAUCCGAUACACUGACAGCAUCAAAGCAGAUUUAGAUGCAGCCUUGGUCAUCGCAGCUCAGUCCUUGGCUUCCAUACAAAACGCGUCUUAUAUUGCUGGCAAUGUAUCCCAGACGCUUGAUAAUCUCUUGAACGACUCGAGAAGGCUCAUGUCUGCUGCAUCCGGGAGUUUAUAUGGCGGCAAUUACUUUGCAAAUAUCCAGAGAAACGUGUCCAUUUCCAAUGCUACCUUACAGUUACGCUCCGAAGAAUGUCGUAACUACACUGCCGAAGCAAGCACAUCUGUCGUAAAUGCGACGCACUCUUUGAACUCUGCCAGGAAUCUGUCUCAAGAAGUUACAACAAAGCAGAUAGAAAUUGAGACCAUUGUCAACAAUUUUCGCGCAAUUGCGAUGCUAAACACUACGGCAUUAAGGCAGCUUGAGCAAACAUUGAGGCAGAAUAGAGAAUCUUUCGAUGCUUCGAACGUCAAAAUGAUGUUAACAGCGUUGCGCUCUGCUUUUUCGACACAGCAAGAGACGUUACGCGGAUAUAGAGCGACGUUAACUCGACUACGUUCAGACGUUGCGAGUGUCAAAAGUAGAGUCGAUGAAGUUUCCACAUUGCAGGGCUGUGGGUAGAGGAAAAGCUGGGCAAAAUAUUGGUUUUUGGAUGCUUCUCCACAACGUGCUGGAAUCCUAAAUUACCCUGGAAAUCAUAUGAUGAUCCUGGAGUUCAAGCUGACCCUAAACUGGUUUUUAUUGUUCCAGAUGCAUCUAGAGGUUCUUUUUCAAAAGAUUGCCCUACGUUCAAAAAGUUAAAAUUUGAAACACUUAUAAAGGUGGCAAUUUAAUACAUCACCAUCGCUACCUGCAACUAUUUUUUUACUUUUGUACAAAUUUCCUAUUUAUAUGCUUAACGUAUAUGUGUGUGGACUUCAGCAGUUGCAAAUGCUUCCCCUUUACCAAACAGGAAAAUAUAAAACGUAACAAUAACACUAUGUUUGAUGUUCGUUUCCCGCUUUUGGUCUUUUCAUAUAUGCUGGGAAAACCCAUUGGAUUUUACUAUCCAAAUAAAUCUCACGCAGUUACCCUAUUAGGGCUCUCGCUCUGAUGAGAUUCACCCUAUAUGAAACUGUAACAUAAUGGCCAAUAAGCUGAAAGAUUAUUUUCAAGAUAAAAAUGACUCCAAAAAUCCCCUUGAAAUUCUACGGUAUCACAGUUGUCGUAUUUUCCAGGGGCUAGCUUAGUAUAAUAAGCGAAACUCUGGUCACCUAGGGUAAAGGUAAGCCAAAACAUGCAGCAAUUAAUGCCUUUUUUCAGAAUGCCUCUGCCCGCUCUGUCCUCCAAACUUGAAGGAACUUCAGCGGCUUGGGCAGUCACAACUCUAAAACCCCAUGCUUCACAAAACUACUUGCCCCAUCCCUCUGUUCUACUAGGUCACGUAUUAAGUAACACAGCAACUAACCAAGGUUGGUCGAUGCUUUCAGGAGUGGUUUGGUUGUGAUUUUGUCCGUUUUUACAAAAAGGGCCACGUCUAACAACCUAUUUGUUUGCCUAUCCACCCUGUAACCAUAUUCAUUAACGUUUCCAAUACAAGUUCUAAAGACCAGAUUCAACAAAACUUAUGGUAUUCCUCUCAAAAGCAAAAUUACGGUUUGUAUGUGUAUCUUUUAACCUAUUAUAAAGGGACGUUUCAGCUUACUGUGACGUCACAAUCGUAAUUAUCGUGCCCAUGCUCCAAAUUAUAGACGAGACAUCUUGCUAGUAAUUAUAUGUAACUCUUUGCACUGUCUUUCACACGCACGAAUUGUAAAAUCACGGGGAUUUCUAUGCGCUGUAAAUUUUGCUAGGUGAUUGGAUUUUAGGUAAAAAUCUUUGUGAUUAUGAAAUGUGAUUUCUAUAGAGAUGUAAAUGUAUGGGCUAUAUUUUCACAGUUAAUUUUUAGCGUAAAAAUCAACUUGAUAGUUUCAAUGUAAAUGGUAUUGUCUGAAGGAAUAUAGCUAUAAAUCAUUUUCAA